CCAAAACAACAGUCACCCGUCUCUCUCUCUCUCUAACAAAAAUUACACGAAAACUCUAGCAGAUAGAUGAGGUUGAUUGUUCUUAUCAUGUGUCCUCUCUUAACUGUAGAAUGCCCUUGAUUGAGAUUCUAGCUAUAAAUGAGAGGGGGAGGAGGAGAUGUUGGUAGUGAAGUAUCUGUGAGAUAUGAUGAUGAUGAUGAACAGUAUGAAUGACGCGGAGAAGGAAGGAGGAGAGGAGGUGUUGAUGCCAGGUUUCAGAUUUCACCCUACAGAGGAAGAGUUGGUAGAAUUCUACUUACGCCGUAAGGUCGAAGGCAAGAGGUUCAGUGUUGAACUCAUCACUUUCCUCGACCUCUACCGUUAUGAUCCAUGGGAACUUCCAGCACAUGCAGUGAUAGGUGAGAAGGAAUGGUUCUUUUAUGUGCCGAGGGACCGCAAGUAUCGGAAUGGCGACAGGCCGAACCGCGUAACGACAUCCGGCUACUGGAAGGCCACAGGUGCGGACCGCAUGAUCCGUGGUGAGAGGAGCAGCAGGCCGAUCGGUCUCAAGAAAACCCUUGUCUUCUAUUCGGGGAAGGCCCCCAAAGGCACCCGCAGCAGCUGGAUCAUGAAUGAGUACAGACUUCCCCAACAUGAAACCACUUCCGCUGAUCAUAAUCAUCAUAUAUUCCAAAAACAAAAGAUUUAUGAGAAAGUGAUAGUGGUGCAAGGUGCCAAAGAUGCUAGGAAUGGAACAAUAGAGCCAUUCAGUUAAGCACAAUAUUUAACAUUCAU